UCUUAUCUUUUCUUUCCCUUGUGAAAACGCAGCUCCUCUCCAGUUUCCAUGGAUACCCUGUCGACCUCUGUUUCUAGUCUGAAGGCCCCUGGCCUUCCUACAACAGCUCCUCGUGAAACCUUUCACUUUAGAUCUCCUCAUACGCCUUUCCUUCUUCCUCACUACCACCACCUUUCCACCCACCGACCCAAUUCUACCUUUAAUAAACCCUCGCUUCCCUUUACUUCCAAGAGCUAUAAAUCCCCAUUCCUCCCUUCUUCUCAGCCCUCAUCAUUGAGAUCUCCAUCUCCAGUCGUCCACCGGAAAGCCGCUAGUGGUUAUGCAGCUGCCCUAAUGGACAGAGCCCGGUGCAGCAACGUCCUUGAGGCUGUGGAACAUGAUGUUCGAAGAUUUUCGAGGUUGUUUCAUAGUGAACAUCUUCGAGCUAUCUUGAACGAUCCAUUCGUGGACGACAAAACGAAAGGUGAAGAGGUGAAGCAAGUUGUCGAGAAGGGUAGAUUUCAGAAGCAUUUGGCGGUGCUGUUGAAGAUGAUGAUUGAGAAGAAUAAGAUGGGGAUGGUGAAUGAGGUAUUGCAGGAAUUCCAGAGGAUUUACGACGAGUUGAGUGGGACUCGGAUCGUCUUAGUUUCAUCGGCUAGGAAGAUGGAGGAAGAUCAAUUGUUUGGGAUAGCUAAAAGGGUGCAGAGUCUGAGUGGAGCCAUGAAAAUCAAGGUGAGGCAUUUGAUCGAUGAGAGUUUAUCUUCCUCUGCUCUAUAAACUUCACCAUCAAUUGGGUUCUUGCGCUUUUAAUCUAAGCCACAUGCACACUUGAUACUUGUGGUAGGAGGCUGAGGUUUUGAGGUUUGGAAUGUAGUUAAUGGAGGGAAGCAAGGACUACUGUGUGCUAAUGAAUUCAAUAUUAGCUAGAAUGCUUGAACUUAAUUCCCUGCUUCUCUAUGGUUUUCUUGGAGUUAACACACAUCAGUCUUAAAUAACAAGAGAACGCAGCUGUUGGUUCUCUGCUCUGGUUAGCCCCAAAGAUAGUGACCCUUGGAAUGUACUUGUAGCCUCCCAACCAUUUGAUGACUUAAAUAAUAAUGUAUUCAAUCAAACAAUUAAUUUAAUUCUAUACACUAGCAUUUGUCA